CAAAGAAGAAAUGAAGCUUAAAAGAGACAUCAGACUCGACACACCUUCAACUAUAGCAGCAGAGACAGAAUCCAAAGUGUCCAUAUUCAGUGCUGAAGUAGUGAGCAAACCAGAACCAUCCUCAGCUAUCCACCAUGGAACCAGAUAGCAGUUGUGCCACUCACCUUGUGCCGACUUCGGAAUCCCGAUCAUUGGUAGAGAAGCCAGUGUCGAUCCCAUCUCAGUUGCCCACCAUAGAAACAGAUAGCAGCUAUGCCACUCACCUUGUGCCAACUUCAGAAUCCCGAUCAUCGGUAGAGAAGCCAGUGUCGAUCCUAUCUCAGUUAUCCACCAUAGAAACAGAUAGCAGCUAUGCCACUCACCUGUCUGUGCCAACCUCUGAGUCCUGGCCAACAGUGGAGAAGCCAAAGCCGCCUCCUUAUCAGUUGCCCACCGAGAAAACACUUAGUAGCUGUGCUACUACCUGUAAUAGUAGCUCUGCUUCUCUAGGCCUUGCUACACUAACUGAGUCCCACUCAUCAGUAGUAAAGCCGAUAUUACUCCCAUCUCAACUACCCACCAUAAAAACAGAUAGCAGCUGUGCCACUUACUUUGCUGUGCCAACUUCUGAGUCCCAGCCAUCAGUGGAAAAGCUGAUAUCAUUCUCAUCUCAGCUGUCCACCAUAGAAACAGAAAUCAACUAUCCCACUCACCUUGCUAUGUCAUCUUAUGAGUCAUGGUCACCAAUAGAGAAGAUGCCAAUUUCAUAUCACGUGCCCACUAUGGAAAUAUAUAAUAGCAACUUUGCUUCUCCAUGCCUUGAUGUACCCUCUUCUCUGUCCCAGAUACCAGGGAAGAAGUCAAUGCUACUCCCAUCUUCUCAGCUUUCCGAUAUGCAAUCAUAUAACAGCUUUGCCACGUGUAACAUCCACCCUCCCUCUCCAGGCCUUGCUACGUCCACCUCUGAGCCUCAGCCUUCACUAGAAAACCUGAUACCACCACCAUCUCAGUUAUCCACCAUAAAAAAAUCUAGCCGUCAUACCAUCUGUAACAUCCACCCUCCCUCUCCAGGCCUUGCUACAUCCACCUCUGAGCCUCGGCCCUCAUUAGAGAACCUGAUACCGCCACCAUCUCAAUUAUCCACCAGAAGAAAAACGAGCAGUUGUACCAUCCGUAACAUCAGCCCCACUUCUGAAUCCCGACCAUCGUUGAAGAACCUGAUUUCACCUCCGUCUCCACUAUCCACCACAGAAACAUCUAGCCACUGUACCACUCAUAACAUCAAUCCUUCCACUCUGGGCCCAACCCAUAACAUCGGUACAAAGGGACAGAGAAGAGACAAUUUCAGGGGUUUGAGUGGCCCCAUGAAAGCACAAGAGAACCAGUAUAAAGAACCACCUCUCUGCUUUAUGAUUAGAACCGCUGCAGUUGGACCCGUAAUUGGUAGAAAAGGAAAUAAGAUCAAGAAAUUACAGGAAUCAUCGGGUUCUAAAAUACACGUCAUCAGAGGAACCCUUGAGGCAGAGGUGAGGAUAUAUGGCAACAAAGAGAACCAGAAAUCGGCUAAGUCAAUAAUAGAGGAAAUAGUUACAAAAGCAGAGAGGUAUGCUAAAGAGGGAGCAAAAGGCAAAGGUACUUUGAAAACAUCAUAUCCUGAAAAGGGCACAGAGAGGAAGAUACCCAUAAUUGAUUGGGAUGCAAUUAGACGGAGUCACCAACAGUACAUACAGACCAAGUGGAAAGACCUUCCUCCAGUUAAAAAAGACUUUUAUGUGGAAUCCGCAAGGACCAAAUUAAUGACACAAGCAGAAGUAGAUAAGUGGCGAAAAGAAAACAAUAAUAUAACAUGUGAUGACUUGAAAGAAAAUGAAAAACGAGCUAUUCCAUACCCCGUUUGCAAAUUUGAAGAUGCAUUUGUUCAUUAUCCCGAAGUUAUGGACAAUAUGAAGAAAGCAGGCUUCAGCAGACCUACACCAAUCCAGUCUCAGGCAUGGCCAAUAAUAUUAAAAGGAAUUGACCUAAUUGGCAUUGCCCAGACAGGAACUGGGAAGACAUUAGCAUAUCUGAUGCCAGGAUUUAUUCACCUUGAUCUCCAACCAGUAGCUAGGGAGAAAAGGAGUGGUCCUGGUAUGUUGGUGCUCACACCAACCAGAGAAUUAGCUAUCCAGAUUGAAUGUGAAUGCAAGAAAUAUGCAUAUAAAGACAUUAAAAGUAUUUGUAUAUAUGGUGGUGGAGACAGAAGAUGUCAAAUUGAGCAUAUUACCAAAGGUGUAGAUAUUGUCAUUGCCACACCUGGCAGACUCAGUGAUCUUCAGAUGAAUGAUUUUAUCAAACUUAAUAGCAUAACAUAUCUGGUUUUAGAUGAAGCUGAUAAAAUGUUGGACAUGGGAUUUGAGCCUCAAAUAAUGAAAAUUUUAUCAGAAAUCCGCCCAGAUAGACAAACGGUAAUGACCAGUGCCACUUGGCCUGAUGCUGUUCGUCGUCUUUCACAAAAAUAUCUUAAAGAGCCAAUGAUCGUUUAUGUUGGCACCUUGGAUUUAGCUGCAGUAAAUACUGUAAAACAAAAAAUAAUCAUAACUACAGAACAAGAAAAACGAGUUUUAGUACAUUCUUUCAUUGAUUCAAUGAAGCCUGAAGAUAAAGUCAUUAUUUUUGUAGGCAGAAAACUUGUUGCUGAUGAUAUAUCCAGUGACCUGAGCAUCAAGGGUAUACCUGUGCAGUCACUGCAUGGUAAUAGAGAACAGGGUGAUCGGGAACAAGCAUUAGAUGAAUUUAAAGAAGGAAUAGUGAAAAUAUUAAUAGCGACAGAUCUCGUAUCACGAGGUCUUGAUGUUCUAGAUAUCACCCAUGUUUUUAACUUUGAUUUUCCUCGAAACAUGGAAGAAUAUGUCCACAGGAUAGGACGUACAGGACGAGCUGGACAAUCUGGAGAAGCAAUCACCUUACUCACUAAAAGUGAUUGGAAAGUUGCUGAGGAGCUAAUUAACAUCUUGCAGCGGGCCAACCAAGAAAUCCCACAAGAACUUGCAUCACUGGCUGUGCAAUAUAGGCAGCAUAAACAUAGAAAGAGGGAGGAAAAGAAGUUAGCCAGGUACUAUAAGCAGGGCAAGAAACACUUAUAGAUAAUGUAGGUGACUUAAAACCUCCUUAUGCUCUC